AUGAACUCAACAAUAAAAACUUGCAGACAACUGACAGAAGAAUGUGCGUGUGGAGGCUGCCAGUGCGAGAUCAAGAAACGUCCCGAGGAGGCGAGGGAGAAAGAGGAGCGUUACGAGUCUCUUAUGGGUUUGAAUCAAGAGCUUAGUUCUUUCAAAAAAAAGAAUCAAGAGCUUAGCUUUGUGAGAACUCAGAUAAUGAUCAUGGAUCCUCCUCCUUCAUUGAACGAAGCCUACGUUUUGGUUAACAAAGCAGAUUCGAGAAGAAGCUGA